AUGACGCGGGAAUCGGAGUCAACCGUGGGAAAGGUUGUUUUGGAGACUACCGCAACAUCUUUCCCCUCCUCUCACAGAAAGAUAGCCGAACCAAAUGAUACACCUUACUUCGUUGAAAAUGAAUUCCGGCUCUCGACUGCUGAAAGCUUCAUCGACGUCCAUGACCCUGCAACCAACAACGUGGUGACAAGAGUUCCCCAAAUGACCAAGCAAGAACUGCAAGAUGUAAUCAGCUCUGCACAGAAAGCAUUCCCGUCAUGGAAACGUACAUCUGUGAUUGCCCGGCAGCAAAUCAUGUUCCGUUUUGUCGCUCUCAUUCGCGAGAACUGGGACCGGCUGGCAGCUGUAAUCACCCUGGAGCAAGGAAAGACUGUCGCAGAUGCCAAGGGUGAUGUGUUGCGCGGUUUACAGGUCGCUGAGGCUGCUUGUUCUGGACCCGAAUAUAUGAAAGGCGAGAUUCUCGAGGUGGCCAAGGAUAUGGAAACGCGGACCUAUAGAGAGCCUCUCGGCGUUGUUAGUGUUAUCUGCCCUUUCAACUUUCCUGCCAUGAUCCCCUUGUGGUGCAUUCCGAUUGCCACCAUCACAGGGAAUACGGUAGUCUUGAAGCCCUCAGAGAGAGCUCCCGGGGCUGCAAUGAUCCUAGCGGAGUUAGCUGAGAAAGCUGGAUUUCCCAAGGGCGUGAUCAACGUGGUUCACGGUGCCCACGACACGGUCAACAUUCUGCUCGACGCACCCGAAAUCAAAGCAAUCAGUUUUGUCGGUAGCAAUAAAGCUGGAGAAUACAUAUACGAAAGGGGAUCCGCCAAUGGCAAGAGAGUACAAGCAAACCUGGGUGCCAAAAAUCAUGCUCUGAUUCUUCCUGAUGCGGAUAAGGAGCAGACCCUUGACGCAAUAAUCGCUGCAGCAUUCGGUGCAGCCGGACAGCGUUGCAUGGCACUUUCCGUCGCUGUUUUUGUUGGAGAGACAGCCAGCUGGCUUCCCCAACUCGUGAGACGUGCCAAGGCCCUCAGCGUCAAUGGAGGAUUUGAAAGCGAAGCGGAUCUCGGGCCAGUCGUGACGCCGCAGAGCAAGGCACGUAUUGAGAAACUUGUUGGGAGCGCCGCGAGCGAAGGUGCCAAUAUCCUUCUCGACGGUCGUGGCAUCAAGCCGACAUACUAUCCUAAUGGCAACUGGGUCGGUCCGACAAUCAUCACGGAUGUUAAGCCUUCUAUGGAAUGCUACAGAGAGGAGAUAUUCGGUCCGGUUCUAUCGUGCAUUACAGUGGAUUCUCUUGACGAGGGUAUUGACUUGAUCAAUCAGAACGAGUAUGGUAAUGGGGCGGCUCUGUUCACGUCGUCGGGGAUUCAUGCCGAGAGAUUCAGGAACAAUAUCGAGGCAGGGCAGGUAGGUGUCAAUGUGCCGAUUCCUGUGCCGCUCCCCAUGUUCUCGUUUAGUGGAAACAAAAGGAGUGUUGCUGGUGGAGGGUCUAAUACGUUUUAUGGGAAACCGGGUGUUAAUUUCUAUACCCAGUUGAAGACUGUCACGUCGAAGUGGACAAGAAGGGAUGUCGAGCCCUCAACAAUGGGGCUGUCAAUGCCGACGCAUAGUUAA